UAAAUUAUUGUAGAGAAAUGUCAAAUUGCUUCACUUGAGCGCGUCUUUGAGCCUGAUUUUACUAAGAAAGCGCCCCAAAUGGAGAAGUCCUACACUCGAGGCCGGCCUGUGCAUCCGGAGUACCACAAGUUGGGCUUCAGGAGGAUCAAAGUGGACGGAAAGAGUUCCGUCGUUUGCGAGCAUUGCAAGUGCGUCCUUCAGAACACAGCCACGAAGCGCCUCCGCGGACAUCGGAAUGUGUGCCAAAUGACGCCGCAGAGAGACAUUGUGAAGCAGGAGGAAGUCGUUGAGAGAGACGACUCUCUGCACGAGGUGGUGUCGCCCAAGGAGGAAGACCCGCUGAACUCUUAUGCACGCACCAGCAGCUCUUACAUCGAAUUGCAGCCUCCGAGUCCGGGAAUUGAGUAUGCACAGUACUCGGAUGACUCUGAGGACGUCACCAAGACCCUGCCGCGCUCCGCCAAGCCCACCAGCCGCGGUCAAACGCUGCCCCGCAAGCGCCUUCGCUACACAGCGGAGCCCGACAACCUCACGGACGUGGUGAAGCAGAUGCUGGAUACCUUCACGGCGAUUGUGCAGCAGAAGAGCCAGACGCCGACGGCCGAGUUUGGCGACGAAGCCUUCUGCAACUGGCUCCUGACGCAAUUCGCCUCCAUGGCGCCCCAGCGGAAGCUCCGCGUGCAGCACGAGAUAUCCAACAUGGUCUUCCGGGCGCACGCCGAGGACACCAACGCGGACAUGUAGUGCAUUCCGGAGUCUUCUAGCCUAAGCGUUCCCAGAUGUCCUUAUGAGAGAAGUUCAUGGAAAUAAAGAGAAG